UCGACGACAACCCUUCCUCGUGCCCAGUGCUUCACCCUCCGUCACGAAUCGCAGUUUGGAUCCUGCAUUCAAACGGUAAACUUGUUCCACAGGAUAAAAAAAGAAUCGCUACGACCACUUCCGGAAUGAAUCGAAGGAUCGCGUCGCUAAUCAUCAGCCUUGCCCUCGUGUUGGCGGUUCGUUCAGACGAGAAAUUAAAAUGCUACAUGUGUACUUCGUUAACGGACCCUAGCUGCGACACGGAUCUGAGCACAGAGGAUAUCAAAGAAUGCACUUUGAAUAACAUGGACUCGUUUAAAGAAAAGGUUCAACAGCACAACGAUUUAAAUAAGAUAUCCGUCAUUUUCGAAGUCGACAAAUCACAGUAUUAUCAAGCAUCCGCUCCAAUGGCAUGCGCUAAAAUGAUUUUUAACGUUAACAAUCGAGACGUGACAGUGAGGACUUGCCAGACAGCGAAGAUGGAGACUAUCGAUCCGUGCAAAGCGAUCGAAAGCAAAGUCACCAACAAUAUUCAUGAUCUGAAAAGUUGCGACUUAUGCCAACAGGACGCUUGUAACGGUUCCAUUUCUGUUUCACCAAGGAUUCUGCUCCCACUGUUGUCCACCAUUGGUGCAAUAGCUUUCGCUUUUUUUUACAAGACCGCGUAACCUUUAUAAAUUAUCCAAGUUGAAAGAAUCGAUUUCGAUUAUCCUGUCGAGUUACGAUUCCAUUUAGCAUAUUCUAAAAUUUGAAACACACACAUAUACGCAUGUAUAAGCAUCACAUUGUUCAUUGAUAUUCCACGUCGUUUCACAAUGCGUUUCGAAUCGUGAUAACGGAUAUAUUUGCGACAUGAAAGAAAAUCGAUUAAAAAAUUUGUUACAUAUAAUAGAUCUCUGAGUUAAAUUAUUUAUUUAUUUAUUUUUUUUACAUUAGAUAUUAUUUUAUACAAUUCUUGUUUAUAUCUUCGAAAAAAAUCAGAUUAGAGUAAUAUUUGUUGAAAAACAAGCGAGAAAAUCUAUUGCUAUUGAUUACUCGAAUUUGAAAUAAAAUUUUUUUUUCCGAUUAAAUUCGUUUCGUAAAUCGUUAUUUCGAUACGUGUAAUUUUGAUACAAUUCCAAGAACAAGAAAUUUCCAUUUUCUACGUUUCAAAAAUAACGAAUCAAUUAGCAAAUUUUAUAUAUCAAAUUUGAAAAUUAAAACAAUGUAGAACGUUAUGGUAAUCGAUUCCACGAUUCCAUCGCCUGUAACGCGUGUUCUUUAUAAAAAUUCGAAUAUUAUAUUUAUAAUUGCAUAUUUGAGCACGAACUUAUGAAUAAGUAAAUACAUUAUAUAGCUAUAUAUUAUACGAAUUAAGGGGCUUAUGUGAAAUUUUGGCCAGUGUUUAUAUCGAGGAAUACCACUCACAGUGGUUGCUUGACAAGAUCGAAUAUAUAUAUAUCAUCGCACGAGAAUUAUUACGAGCAAUAAAAUAUGCGUGUAUCGUUAAAAUUUCUCAAAAGAUACGAAUUUUAAUACUCUGUAUAUAUACGCGAUUAAUAAUCGAGAUUAAUAAUCGUCGAAUAAUUUUAGAUUACAGAGGGAAAAUUUUGACAUUUUCGCUAUGUGUAUAUGAAUUUCUUAUCUUCUUUGUAAAUAUCGAUGGUUAAUCUAGUUUCAACAAUUAACUCCAUGUUUUUUUUAUCAAGAUGCGAGCGAUAUAUUUAUGUAGUUUCGGUUUCGAAAAAACACUUACUGUACUUUUUAGUGUAAUGUUUAUGUAACAUCUUUAAUUCUAAAACAGAGGAAUUAAAAUAUAUAUAUAUAUAUAUGAUCGAAAG